AUGGACUCGCUCAAUUCCACCUAUCCACAGCCAGCCAUGGCGACCUAUUCUGAUCUUCUCGACCUCGCCGCUCAGCAACAGCCUCAACUCUCCAGUCUUGAGCGGCUCUGGUGGGCGCACUAUGCCUUCUGGGACAAUAAUAUCCUCGCGACUGAUAUAGGAAUUAUCACCUUCCUCGCCCACGAAAUCAUCUACUUCAGCCGCUGUUUCCCCUGGAUCAUCGCCGACGCCCUCCCCAGCAUCUUCCUCAAAUACAAGAUCCAAGACCAGAAACCUCCUCCAUCCGCAGCAGAGCAAUGGGCCUGCACAAAGUACAUUCUCCUCAUCCACUUCGUCAUCGAGCUCCCCCUCAUCGUCCUCUUCCACCCCAUGAUGGAACUCUGCGGCCUGAGCUUCACCACCCCAUUCCCAGACCUCCGCACCCUCACCGCCCAAACAAUCACCUUCUUCCUCCUCGAAGACACAUACCACUACUGGCUGCAUCGCGCCAUGCACUGGGGCCCGCUCUACCGCUCCAUCCACCGCAUCCACCACCAAUACGCCGCGCCCUUCGGGCUAACAGCCGAGUACGCCAGUCCCUGGGAGACCCUCCUGCUGGGCCUGGGCACCAUCGGCCCCCCAUUGCUCCUGGGACUGAUGAACUGCAAUGUGCACCUGGUAACGGUGCUCGCUUGGGUCGCACUGCGGCAGUUCCAGGCCAUCGAUGCGCAUUCCGGCUACGAUUUCCCCUGGAGUCUGAGGCGGAUCCUGCCGUUCUGGGGAGGAGCGGAUUGGCACGAUGAUCACCACCGGUAUUUCUGGGGGAAUUAUUCCAGUUCAUUUAGGCAUUGGGAUGUGUUGAUGGGUACGGUUGCUGGUCCGGAAGCGAGGGAGAAGAGACGCUUGGAGCGAGAGAAGCGGCAGGCUUGA